CUGCAGUAGCAUGGCAUACAGGUCGCUUUGAGAAUAAAUUGUUGCAUACACAACUUCUCCGCACAUAAAAUCAACCACCUCUGGCCGAAUUCGCCACCGACAAGAUACCACCGACAUAACACUACACGCCUAUCUAAGAACCGUGCUCUGUGUCCCAAAUGCAGGCUACUCGCCGUGUAGCAGCAAGGCUGCCCCCGAGCAUCGUACGGGGCUCAACUGUCUCGGCUUCACGAUCGUCCAUUGGCACGGUGGCCUUCAAGAGACAUGUGGCGUCGAGCUCAGCGGCUGUUGAGGCUGCGCAACCAGAACCGCAGCCAACACAGACUAUUCCCCCUCCAGCUGCAGAUAUCCUUUCGCGGCGGGAGCGUAUCCGCGAUGCCAAGCCCUUCUCGGAAUUCCUGACCGAUACCUUUCACCGACAGCAUGACUAUCUGCGCAUAUCACUCACCGAACGGUGCAACUUGCGAUGUCUGUACUGCAUGCCGGAGGAGGGCGUGCCAUUGUCUCCUGAUAGGGAACUCCUCACAACUCCUGAGAUUAUCAUGCUAUCGUCCAUCUUUGUAUCUCAGGGUGUAAACAAGAUUCGACUUACCGGAGGAGAGCCAACGGUCAGACGGGAUAUCUUACCUCUGAUGCACCAACUUGGCGCUUUACGCCCGUAUGGGCUCCAGCAACUAUGCAUAACCACUAAUGGCAUUUCACUGCAUCGAAAACUUGAUAGCAUGAUCGAGUCUGGGCUUACCGGUGUAAAUCUGAGUCUCGAUACCCUAGAUCCAUGGCAGUUCCAGAUCAUGACAAGGAGGAAAGGCUUCGAUGCUGUCCAGAAAAGCAUCGACCGUAUACUAGAACUCAAUAAGCUUGGGGCUGGAAUCAAGCUAAAAAUCAACUGCGUCGUGAUGCGUGGCCUCAAUGACCGAGAGAUCAUCCCAUUUGUUGAGCUGACUCGCGAGAAAGAUCUCGAAGUGCGCUUCAUCGAGUACAUGCCAUUUGACGGCAACAAGUGGAACAAGGGGAAGAUGUUCUCGUACAAUGAGAUGCUGGACGUGAUCCGGGCUGAAUAUCCAGAACUUCAAAAAGUUCGCGACGGGAAGAAUGACACAAGUAAGACUUGGAAAAUCCCCGGUUUUGAAGGCCGUCUCGGCUUCGUCACGAGCAUGACGCACAAUUUUUGCGGUACCUGCAAUCGACUCCGCAUCACGAGCGACGGAAACCUCAAGGUUUGUCUCUUUGGGAACGCGGAGGUGUCUUUACGAGACAUCAUACGGAAAUCCAACAACGGAGAGCCCAUCGACGAAGAAGCAUUCGAGGCCAUGAAGCAGAUUGAGAUGAAUCGUCGACAGGGUCUUGCGGGUACAUCCGGCACCCCCUUGGGUAUGGCACCAAACGAAACCGAGCUCCUUGACGUUAUCGGAAUGGCAGUCAAGAGAAAGAAGGCGAAACAUGCUGGUAUCGGUCAGCUAGAGCACAUGAAGAAUCGGCCAAUGAUCUUGAUAGGUGGGUAAAAAAAAAAAAAAAAAAAAAAAAAA